CCUCCCCAGCAGCUGUAUUUGCCUGGAAAGAGAGGCAAACAGCUGGAGGCUGCAGUCGUCUCGUCACUGACUGUCCCCGGUCAGGGCGUGUUGCUAGCUGAGCUCUACUACGUUAGUUAGGCGGGGGCCAGGCCAAGCAGUCGUCUUUUUAACAUUUGGCAGACUAAUGUUUAAUCUAUAGUUGAUAUGGAUUUCGACGCUUUAUUUAACGAAAAUACAUUUCAGUUUUCGGACUUCCAGGAGUUCACGUUUCUUCCUGGACACCAGAAGUUGACUGAACGAGUGAGAAAGCGACUGUAUUAUGGCCUGGACAAAGACGUUUCUUUAGAUGCCCUCUCUUGCCCUGUUACAGAUAUUGCCGUUGAAAUCUUCCAGAAGUCUGCCCCAAGCCCAAUACGAAAACUUCAGAAGAAGUAUGCUGCUCAUGUUUCCAGGGAGGCUUGCAUCUCUCCUUGUGCCAUGAUGCUGGCUCUAGUUUACAUAGAAAGGCUCCGACAUAGAAACCCUGAAUACCUACAAAAGAUCUCCUCCUCUGACCUCUUCCUGAUCUCCAUGAUGGUUGCCAGCAAGUACCUGUAUGACGAAGGAGAGGAAGAGGAGGUUUUCAAUGAUGAGUGGGGAGCAGCUGGAAAGCUGGAUGUCAAAACUGUCAAUAACCUGGAGAUGAACUUCCUGAAUGCUAUUGAGUGGAGCCUCUUCACAGAGCCAAAUGACUUAUUUGAUAUACUAAGUCAACUGGAAACCAGCAUUGCAGAGCGGCAGGGGAUGAAACGUGGCUGGUUCACCUACACUGACCUCUGUGUGCUGCUGGAUCAAUCAGCAUGGAGUCAAGCCCUCACAGCCAUCUGCCAGCACUUUACCAAGGUAUCCUGUAUGCUCGGCCUGGUCUAUCUGACCAGUGUGGCUGGCCUUAUUGCCACCAGCGCUGUGCUGCACCAGCUCAGUCUCUCCAGAAGCGGCCAGUCCCUGCUUCCACCUCCGGAUGAGAUUAGCCUGCCCCACCUUCCGACCUUUAACCUAAACUCAGAAGCCCCGUCUGCAGCCCAGCGCCUCCCCUGUUUUGUUCUGGCCAACAAGAGUCAGAACCAUCAGACCAGUGCACUUGGAAUCGGCCAGCAACACACACAAAGUCCCCCGUCCGCUUCCUCACAGACAUCAAUAUUGUGUCUUUGGGGCUCCCUCCUUGCCUCAAUGGGUCACAUACAUCCUGAAACAAAUUCUGAGAUGGAAGCUCCCCAAACCUGGUCUCCUGCCGCCUUCUGUCCUGGCUGUCUUGCAUCUCUCCCUCCUCUUCAGUGUGGGCUUAGAAACACCUCAACACUCUUCACUCAUGGUCCCCUUGAUAACCAUCAGCAUCAUGCACCAUGGCUGGCCCCCAGCCUUCUUGGAGGGGCGCAACCAAGUCUGAACUCUCGCUUGGGGGUGUUUCCCCCUGUACAGCUGGGACCCUGCCAUCCAAAGUCUAUGUUACCUGUCGACAAAGCCCAACCUCUGCUCAUGCCCGGCUAGAGACUGGUAAACUCCCUUGCUGUCAGCCUGUAGUAAUGGACUCUGGAAAUUAAACCAGCAUUGUUUUCAUGACUCAUCAACCGCUUCAAGUCAUGUUUUUGUUUACUUUUCCAGAUCUAAAAUACAGGUGCAAAGGCAGGAGCAAUUAGGCACUUUUCAGACAGGGUGAGAGUUUCAAAACGCAGCACAGGGUGGAAAUUCACUUAUAGUUCACUAAUGCAGAAUACAUUUGCCAUAAGCAAUAUGCCAUAGUGUUCACUUUAUGCUCUGCAACUUGUCUUAGCUGCAGAGAUGUUCGCAAGGAAUUCGAAGAUAAUUUGAUAUGUUUUUCUUGGCUGCAGCCAAACUUGUUUUUGUUUCCCCCACAUUUAUCCUUGUUUGAAAGUUCAUACCGGUCAGAUGGUGAUGCAGGGCCUGUGUGAGGAGUGUGUUUUGAGUUAUUAUAUCACAGCGGUAAUUGUAAAGCUGCUUGCUACUUGGCAGGUUGAUGAAAGUGUGUGGAGGAUUCACAGCAUAUCUAAAGGUUGAGGGUUUCACAGUAUGUUUUUUUUAUGAUGGAGCUUUGUGAGAAGAAGGGACUAAACCAGUUUACUUUGUCUUCUAAAUUUUGGCUUAUCAAUAUCUGCUUAGUGUUACCAUAUAUUUUUCAUUUAUGCAUAAGGAUCUUUACAUCAGAUAUUGGUCAUAAACUUGCAGCAAGCACUGAUUUUGUACACCAGAUUUUGUUACUGUUUGUAAAACAAAUUGUCCCCUGCCCUUGUAAACUUUCCCCUUUAUUCAGGAGAAAGCAUUAAUGAAAGGAAACCCUUUGAAGGCAGACUCUGUCUCCAUACCUCAGUUUAACUGUCAUUGCCCACACAGAAAUCAAAAACAUCAACUUCUCUUAUUCUGGUCAAUUAUAGCCCAAAAAAAAUGUCAUAGUCAAUAUUUGCUGGAUUUUACAUGGCAACAGGAAGUCACAUAACAUUAAAGCCACUUUUCUGUAACAGGGUAAUGUUUAGCCAAAUUUAAGAGAUUAACCUAUAAGUUUCCGUUUCUGCAAGGGGAAGAAGGUCUGUAUAAAAAGAAUGGUCCCCUGGGGUUUCAUGCAGUUUCUGGUUGGUAAAGGCUAACAGCAGUGUUUCUUUGUUGAUGCAGUCUGGAAUUUGCACAUCUGGCUCCAUUUUCAUUGCUACAGGACAUUCACUCCAUCAUUACUGCAUUGCCAAGUAUCUUUACCAGAGAAAAAUUUACAGAAUUGAUUACUUUUUACAUACACAGUUGCACAUGGUCCCCAGGACAUUUACUUUGUAAUUGAACCUUUGACAAAUUGCUCUGAGCAUCUAAAUUUGAUACAGUUUGAAGCAUGAAGUUCUUUAAUUUUGUACAUGGUGUAAAAUGCAAAUAUUGUACAAAUCUGUAGAAAAACUAAUAAAGAAUGCAUUUCUUUGUGA